UGGGCCCCGCCAGCAUGACGCUCGUCGACAAAGACGGCAAGAAGAAGCACACGCGGCCCACGUUCAGCGGCCAGCAGAUCUUCGCGCUGGAGAAGACGUUCGAGCAGACCAAGUACCUGGCCGGGCCCGAGCGCGCCAAGUUGGCCUACGCGCUGGGCAUGACGGAGUCGCAGGUCAAGGUGUGGUUCCAGAAUCGUCGCACCAAGUGGCGCAAGAAGCACGCGGCCGAGAUGGCGACGGCCAAGCGCAAGCAGGAGGAGGCGGAGGGGCUGGCGGAGGGUGACGCGUCCGACCGUGAGGACGCCGGCGACCUGAGCGGCGGCGCCGCGGGCCGCGCCUCGGCCGCCAAGCGGCUGCGGCGCGAGCUGGCGGAGGAGGAGCUGGCGCGCCAGUGA